UUGUCGAAAAACAGCUGUUUUUCUGUUUUGUGUUAACAGGUUUCCCAAACCCUAGUUCACUCAAGUCGACUUGAAACCGAUUGAAUUUUCAAGUGAACUGAACUGAAUUGAAUUCGCUCGAUCGACUUCAACCUCUGGACAGAAGAGUAGAAAAGCAGAAUUUAACUUAUUUAAUUUAAUAUUAGGCAUUUUUCUAAAUAUGCACUCGAGAAAAACGCGAAUAAAUGAUGGUUAUUAUGAAAGCCAAAGCCGCAGUUUUCAGAAUUCCAAAUAUAGCAACAACCGAUAUUCAAAUUAUUAUCGUGACAGAGAUAAUUCGCCCAAGAGAGUAACAGAAAUCCAUCGUUCACCAGAGACUACAGGAUCACCACGAGACAGUAGAGAUAGGUAUCAUCAAAAUUAUAGGAAUAAAGAUCGAGAUAGGGACUAUAAAAAAGAAAAAUAUCCGAAUGAUAAAAGAGGCCGUGAUAGAGAUUUAGAAUAUAAAACUUAUAGUAAAAAAGCAAAAACUCGAGAUCGUUCUAGUUCCGAUGAAGAUCACAAAGAAUCUGAUAGAGUUUAUGACAAAAAUAGAUAUGCUGCUGACAGGGAUCAUAGUGCUAUUAGAAGGACAUCAGAGAAGGAGCGACGAUUCGGCGAUUGGAAGGAAAUGAUUAGUAAGGCUAGCGGUAAAAAGUAUUAUUAUAAUGAACGGGACAAGUCUUCGCAGUGGGAUAAGCCUGACGAGUGGAUUGAGUAUGAGAUGUCGAAGGAAUAUCCUCCACCGGUUCGAGGAUACAGAGAAAAGGAAAGGGACAGAAAGAGUCGUGAGGAUAGGUACGGUGGUGGAAGACGAAAUUAUAAUAGUAACAAACAUUCCAGAGCUAAUUCAAGAAGUCGAUGGCCACAAGAAUCUUAUCAAGCAUCAUCAUCGUCCGCACAUCAUAAACGUCACGAAGAAAAUGCGGAUAAUAUGAACAUUAGUCCAGAUUCAACGCCAACAUCAGAGCCCAGCUAUGCAUCUCCUAAUACUGCCAAUCAACACACAAACAAUUCAAAUAUCAAUAGCAAUUCUCUGAAUCACGACGACAUUAUGUCAUCGCCAAAUAAUGGCCAUGCAAAACACCUUAUAAAUGCUACAAACUCCAAUAAUAACCAGCUUCAUCAUCAAAUUUCAAAUGCUUCAACAUCCUCCCUCGGAUCAGCUACUAACAAACUUAAUUCCAAUUCCAAUAAAAAUUCAUCGACAACAACAACAACAACCACUUCCUCAUCCUCACCGUCAAUACAAUCGAUACAUAAUUAUCAGACACACCAUCAUCGAAAUCGAUCGACAUCUCCCAUGAAUGAUAUGAACUCAUCGUCAGGAAAUAAUCUUCAUAAUAAUGUUGGACACGAUUCAAACAAUUUGCAUCACAACUCGAGUAGUUUAAGGAAUUCACCUACUUAUAGUGUUAAUACCAACGCAGUCUCAUCUGCAGGACUAAAUAAUUCGGUAAACCGAUUAGAUUUAAAUAAUAGUAGCAGUAAUUUAAUUGGUGACGGCCCUCCGACACCCGAAAUGGAUUUAAAUUCUGGGGAACAUAGAAGACUCGAUACUACAUCUGGUGUGAGCAGUCUACAAAGUGUUUUGUCUUCAUCACAAACAUCAAAUAGAUUAAACCUCUUAACUCCUAGUCUAGCUAAAUUUUUUCGUGCUGAUCUGAUAACACACGUAACAAAUUGGCCAUCAGAAAUUCUUGAGAAACAAGCACAAAAGUGUGCAGAAGAAGUGUACCUGCUGGCUGAUUUAGAAUGUAGUAAAAUAUCAGCAGAAAUUCAGUGCGCCAGGAGCAUCGUGAGAGUAGCUGAAAUUGCAACAACAAUUCAAACACAAAGGAGACUUUUUCUACAAGAACAAAUUAAAAGUUUAGACGAAUCGCAAUCGCAAAAUGCAUCCACAAUAUCAUAUUGAUAUACCACAGAUUUAUGAUGAUGUUAAGGAACGUAAAGUGUCUGAAAAUGUUAAUUGUGAGGUAAAACAAAGCAUUUAAAGUUUGGUGCAAAAAAAAAAUCAAAUCUUUGCAUAUAUAAAUUGAGAUUGAGUGAAUAGAAAAAGAGGAAAAAGAUGAAAAACUUUUAUAUAAAAAAAUGUGCAGUUUAAGAUGUUCUUCUUUUUUUUUCGUUAAAUGCAUAAAUUGUUGAUGCGUCUCCACUUUUAUGUAUGCAUUAUUAUUAGGAUCUUAAUAGCAAUUAAUUUUAAAUAUG